CGCACACACACAGCGGCGACGACGACGACGACGACCACACAGACACAGAGACACAGAGACUCGAGAGAGAGAGAGAGAGAUUCACGAGUCCCGCGCACUGUCACUGUAAAGCGUCCCCGUCGUGUCCGUGAGGACGCUCGCGGUCGCUAAGGGCCCGACUCUCGCGACCCGAGCCGAGCCAUGUCCGACUCGGAGGAGGAGACGCCGCAGGACAAGCAGCUCAAGAUCGUCAUCUUGGGGGACGGCGCCUCUGGAAAGACGUCUCUGGCGACGCGCUUCGCCCAGGAGGCGUUUGGCAAGCAGUACAAGCAGACGGUGGGGCUCGACUUCUUCCUGAAGCGCAUCACCCUGCCUGGGAACGUGAGCGUCACGCUGCAGGUGUGGGACAUCGGGGGGCAGACUCUGGGGGGCAAGAUGCUCGACAAGUACAUCUACGGAGCGCACGGCGUGCUGCUCGUGUACGACAUCACCAACUACCAGAGCUUCGAGGACCUGGAGGACUGGCUGGGCAUGGUGCGCAAGGUGAACGAGGAGGCUGAGCGGCAGCCUAACGUCGCCCUGGUCGCCAACAAGAUCGACCUGGAGCACAUGCGCACGGUGAAGGCCGACAAACACUCGCGCUUCUGCCAGGAGAACGGCCUCAGUAGCCACUUCGUGUCAGCCAAAACCGGGGACUCGGUGGCCGUGUGUUUCCAGAGAGUAGCGGCCGACACUCUCGGCAUCAAACUCAACAAAGCGGAGAUGGAACAAUCUCAGGGUGUACUGAAAGCCGAAUUGGUCGACUACCGGGAGGCGUCGGGGCUGCGCGAGUACCGCGCGGCGGCGGCGCGCUGCGACAAGAGCUCCGUGUGCAGUGUGCAGUGACGAACAAACUCGCUCGCUCGCUCACCGAGUGGUGAAAGCCGACAUCAUCAAAAGCGCCCCGGACUCCCCCGUGCGGGCCGUGAGCCAGCCCAAGAGCUCCGUGUGCGCCAUCCACUAGACUCCACUCGGGGGGGGGGGUGGGGGGGGGGGGUGGGCAUCGGUAGGAUUGGUGGGAGUAGAGUUGGGUUACGACCAGCUUCAUCUCAUGGCUAAUAAAACCCAUGCAGUGUAAUCGGCGUUGGCCAAACACCCCAAUGCUGAAGAACUGCCGGCAAAUUACUCAAUUGGGAUCACACACAGUAGCAACAUCGCCCUCCUACUUUCGAAAUUUGGCAGGGCCUUCCUGAGCCCGAGUUGUCUCGGUGAGGCUUCCUCGCUGGCCGUGUGGCUGCGGUGACUGAGGUUGCGAGAGCCAAAUCUAGAACUAGAGCCAGUCCGUUGAGCUGGUUUCCUACGGGCGCCAUCGUUCUCAUGGCGCGCGCCGAUCGUAGCGCAGCAAGGCGCCGCUGUGUUCCACGCGAGGCGCAGCCUGCACUGGCUCCACAGCAGGGGGGUGAUGCUGCUGCUGCUGCUGUGUUAUCCCGAUUGAGUAAUUUGUAAAUGUAGUCCAUGUCGCAGGCAAACAAUAGCCCACUCUUACCAACGACGUCACGGGAUCUGUAAAUGUCGUCUGUGAAGCAGACGGCACGUAGUAUUGUAUGGUUAAAGCGCACCACCAGCACCAGCACCACCAGCAGCAGCAGCACCAGCACCACCAGCAGCAGCAGCACCGCAGUAAUAGCUGGGGCAGCCGGAGCCGCGACUAAGACACGGCCACAGCGCCGCUCCUCCCCCCACCAAUCUCCGCGGGUGAAGAGAGAGAGAUUCUGUCGUCGCCGCAGCGUAUUCUCCGGAUGGUAACGCAUCUCACAUUCCCCCUUCGCACUUCAAAGGUUGGAGGUCCACCUUAUACCCCAGUAGGUGGGCCGUGCGUGCGCAUCAGCGUCGGGGAGACAAAGGCGGCUGGGCGUAGUGCAGACCACGCCCCGCACCCUCUUGCGCUGUGCCGGCCUUCGUAGGCGCUCGGUGAAGGCACUUGCCCCAACAGUCUUUGUCACCAGCUCUGUGUAACUUUAUUGGCACCCGGCACAAAUGUGGUGGGGGUCUCAGCCGGCAGCGCAGCGCCCCCCAGCCGGCGCCUUCCAGGUGGUGGCACCGUGAGACCAUUCGGGAUUCUGACCGCCCGUGGUUAUUAAUUUGAUUGUUCCACAUUGAUAGUGUUUUAGUAACGUUGUCGGCAUGCGAUCAGGGUUCUUGAUUCUGUCACCACGCCGAGUUGGGCGUCGGGUUCCUGAGAUUUACCGUGCGAGGCAACUGACCGCCCGGCACCAGCAGUCGACGCAUCUAAAAUAGUCGCCGCACAACCACGGCCUCUCCACUGCUGGACGAAGGCCUCCCCACGCCGCUCUCGCCCACCUCCCCACGCCGCUCUCGCCCACCUCCCCACGCCGCUCUCGCCCACCUCCCCACGCCGCUCUCGCCCACCUCCCCACGCCGCUCUCGCCCACCUCCCCACGCCGCCGAGCGCUCACUCGGCCUGGCUGGGCCAGGCACCCCGAGCCCCCCCCCCCCCCCUCCCGGCGUGUCGCCGCAGUCCAUGGGCUAGGACCAAAAAUUAGAAGCUCCGGGGUCAUAAACCCAGUCCUCUCUUCUCAUUUCUUGGCGGAAAUUCCACAUUCCCAUGGUGAGGACCAGUAUAAUCCACAGGACCGUCACUGCUGGAGCUCUGGCAAUGUAGUACGAGGUUUACAGACCCUGAGCGAGUGUGAUGGGCUGAGUGGGGCGUUGGCAGGGAGGACGCGGCUUGGCAGCGCACGAGGGACCCCGUCGCUCCCGAGGUCGCCUGCAACUGCUUGCGGUGACGUCGACACACGGGCAACUCGGUUUCCAGCAUCCGAGUUGCGGGUGAUUGUACUCUUAACGGGCUGUGCAACUGGUCGCAUAGACGUCAACGUACAGUGCGCACGGUUCGGUUGCGUGCAACCGAAUUGCAUAUCGGACCCCUCUGGUGCGACACCGUGGUGACACCACCACGACACCGUGGUGACACCACCACGACACCGUGGUGACGGUACCACGGUCGUCGCGCCCCGAGUGUCUGUCGGGGUCGCGUAGCGCGCCUCGUGGCACGCAGUGCGCGGCUGCCUGGAGAGAGCAGUCGAUGGGAACUCGCGCGGUUCUACGGGGGAGUUGUGGGUGGGCGUGAGAAUCUCCACGGAACGGCGAAGAAUCGGAUCGCUGACUGGGAAGAGUCGCGUGCACACACGCGUCUGUGUGUGUGUGUACACACGCGUGUCUGUGUCUGUACACACACACACGUGUGUCUGUGUGUGUGUGCACACACGCGUGUCAGUGUGUGUACACACGCGUGUGUCUGUGUACUCGAGUUCGUGUCAACAGGUAACACGCAAGUGUAUAUAUCUUAUAGUUUCGCAUUCAAAUAAAAGACAAUGGACUUGUUUUA